CUGGUGUUCGGUUCGGUUGAAAGCUGCGUUGGUAAAUGAUGGCAACGUUGUUUCCGCUACCGCCCGGAAGUUACAUAACAGUAUGUUGAUGUCGGGUGAACCGGAAGACGCGUGGGCGUCGCGACGGACAUUCAAAAAUCGCGAAAACUUUUAUGCGGCCCGCGACGGACAGCCAGAUCGUCGUUCGAAGCUGGGGGGGCCGACGGCGCCAUCUGUCGGCGACGUCUCGCAGUCGCAUGUAACGGACGCGUUCAUUGGCGACAUCACAUCAUCGUAUUCAUUUCGAUCUUCCGCAGAGGAAUUCGGUGUAUAUCUUGUGCACAGACGUGUUUUCACGGUGUUUCCCUUAAGUUUGAUGUGGUUUUCGUAUGUUUUCUUCGGUGUUGCGAUCGCCGAUUGGCGGGGUUUCGGCGGAUGUUGUCAUGGCGUCCGACGGCUCGACCAAUGAGCGCGCGCCUUAGAUGCAGCCCAAUGCUGGUGUGUUCGCGUCACUUCAUUAAUUUGUGCGUCUCCCAUGGCGUAGACGAGUGCAAUCAUCAGGGGAGAGGACGAGAGAGCGAACAGCGCGAAGACGAGAGAGGUGCCUGUUGUUGUUGUUGUUGUUGUUAUGCGUCUGGCAGAAUCUGGCGGGCAUAUCUAGAUGUGCAUCUAUGGGAAAUGUCGUUCAUCGACUGGCGAUUGUUGUUAUUGUGGCGUUGAUCACGUGACGCGGCGUGCGUGAAAGGGAAUGGCGAGAGAUGAUCGAGGAACGAACCGUUUGCAACUGAAGUUUUUUUGACAUUCCUCUAUUUGUAUACAUACAUACAUACAUAUAUACAUACACACGUACACUCACACACUUGCACACACACACACUCAUACAAAUACACCCGCAACUCACGCUAGUUUGUUUUUGUGUGUGUACCACGUGAGACGUACACUACCACUGGUGUGUUGUGGUGGUGUUCUUAUGGUUGACAGUUAGUGAAUGAGGAUGUCUGCGAGGGGGGCCAAGAAACGGGGAAGACCCCCGAAGGUCCAAACGGCGGAUCGCGCCAAGAAGUUCCAGUACCAUCUGCUGAAGAAGCCCAAGUAUCUGCAAAACCUGAACCGUGGCUCUGAUUCUCCUUCCAGCACUCCCACCGCUUCCAGGCCAUCAACACCUCAGAGCGAGACUGGCAAGAGAUCAACGAGAACCAGAGGCAAGGACAGCAAACGCAGAGGUUCACAUGUGCAGGCGUACAAGAGGAGAGGAUACAACCCCAGCGCGGCAGAGUACCAUGACUCUGAGUACCAUUACGGCUCGGAUUUUGGUGAUGAGUCCAGUGAGAAAAGUGAUUUGGACGAUGACCUGCCACCGUCCGACUGCGAGUCUGAGGACUCCAUUGAUCCACGUGCGCCAAGCAGUGACAGUGAUUUCUCCCUGAGCAGUUACAGUACAGUGAGUGGCACCCCGCGCAAACCUAUCCCACCGAGACCCCCCAGUCCUGAACCUCUCUGGCUUCAAAACAAACCUCUGCCUCAGCUAGAAUUACCUAAAUCCUCUGAGGAUCUCCUCAUUACCAAUGACAAUAUCAUGACCGUGCUCAGCAUAUACGAGGUGCUCAGGCAUUUCAGGAACUUGGUGAGAUUAUCCCCAUUCAGGUUGGAGGAUUUCUGUGCAUCCAUAGUGUGUGAUGAUCAUAACAAUCUGUUUGCUGAGAUACACAUUAUGUUGCUGAAGGCUCUGUUCAGGGAGGAGGACUCCCAGCAGACUCAUUUUGGUCCUCUGGAUCAAAAGGACAGUGUAAAUAUUUCCCUAUACCUUUUGGAUUAUGUGACAUGGCCUGAGGUGCUCCGGGCAUAUGUGGAGAGUGACAAGAGCUUUGACCCCCAAGUGCUGCACAUCCUGAGCAGCUCCAAUUAUCCAUUCACAUCUCUAGAUGACAAGAUCAAAGUGUUGCAAUUUCUAUCUGACCAGUUCCUCACAACAAACCCAAUACGAGAAGAUUUGAUCAGUGAAGUUCCGAUGCAUUACGAUGACCACUGCAGGGUAUGCCACAAGCUUGGAGAUUUGCUCUGCUGCGAAACGUGUCCUGCAGUUUACCACUUGGAGUGCGUCGAUCCGCCGUUGGUGGAUGUACCCGAAGAGGACUGGCAGUGUAAUAUCUGCAGGUCGCACAGGGUGAGCGGCGUCGUGGACUGCGUCCUGGACGUGGAGAAGCAGGGUCAGCUGUGCAGACAGGAGCCCAUCGGUUUCGACAGGCACGGCAGGAAAUACUACUUUCUGUGUAGACGAAUCGUGGUAGAGAGCAUCGAGGCUGAGGUCUGGUACUAUUCGACGAAACUGCAGCUUGAACAAUUGCUGGAAACGUUGGACAGUGACGACAUGGAGGCGACACUGUUCCGCGAAAUCAAUGAUUUCAAGGAGGAAAUGGUCAGGCAAAUGGAGCUUACCGAGAAACUGACGAAUCAACACAAGGGGAACAAAAAGACUUACUUCGAAGUAUCCAAUGCUGCGAUAACGAAAGCUAAAAAAGAUAAGGAAGAGUUGCUGGAGAAAACGAAAGUGGAAGGCGACGAAGAAACUUCUGAAAAGGUACAAGAAGACAGUUCAGAGAUGCAGCCCAUGGAUGAUCGCAGUUUGGAGACGAAGAUGGACGAAGGAGAGGAGGAGAAGGCCCUGCAGGGCGAGGAUAGCGAAGAGGACCAAAACAAAGAGACGACGACGGUGACCCGAUCGAAAACGGGUUCUUUGACUCCGAGGACUUUCAACAUCGAGGAUCUGAGGAAGAGAACUAGCGCGGUGAUAACGCGUGAUUCGGAAGAACGGAUGACUCGGCUGAAGACCACCCAACUUGCGAACGGUACGUAUCUGUACAAGCUCGGCAUGGAGAACUUAUUCAAGACAUACGUGAACCAAUUCACGACAAACGUGAUAGCGCUGAACAAGCCCCAGCGUAACGAGGAGAGAGACAAGAAGCGCCAUCUGAGCCACAAGUUCUCGUUGACGACGGCGUCCGAGUUCAAGUGGAACGGUUUGGUAAGCGGAAACAAAAUUUAUCUCUUUAACACUCUGAGACAGACCAUCCUGCAGCUGGAGGAGCUCAUCCAGAGCCCCUUCAUGCAUCCCAAUUGGCAUCUGAUCAAGAAGAGUUGGCUGGCCGUGGUAAACCAGUGCAAACAAGCGAAAGACUUCGCGAAGGCUCUCAUAGUGUUGCAGGCGUGCAUCAAACCUUGCGUCUUUGCCAACGUGUGGCAUGAGCAGUUGGGUCACGUAAAGAUGACUAGAGUCACUGCUGCGGAACGAGAGGAGCGCAAAAAGAUCGAGAAACGAGAGAAGAAGGAGCGCGAGGAGGAGGAAGAGCGCAAUCGAAUGAUAAUCACUGGUUACGUGAAAUAUACGAUGGGCUUCAAGCACCAGCUGUGGAAGCAGAAAGGUGAGGAGUACAGGAUUCACGGCCGCUGGGGCUGGUUGUGGUUUUCGACGGCGCGAAUCGUCAAGUUCGUCAACUUCAAAGAGAUGGGCUUGAUUGCCGGGCCGCAGAAGAUCAUGGUGCAAAUUCGGGAUAAGCAAAAUCUGAAAGUCAUUCCCGUCGAUCCUAUUAUGUUGAAGUUCUUGAAGGACAACUUCAGGGAUGAGACCGAGAUUAAGGAGGAGGGCGAACAAUCCGCAUUGAGCGGUAAUAACAUACCGGAGAAUCUGAAGGAUUUGCGAUUGGUCCCGAGCGUUACCCGUUUCGAGGAAAUCGACGUAAGCAAGGCCUUGACCACUCCGGGAAGACUCCUGUAUCCGAAAGUGGCGAAGAAAUCGAAGUUGGAUGAUUUGCUGACGCGCCGAAGUCAUCUGAAGACUUUGGAAGAGAGGAAAAUUGCUAGAAUCAAGGAGGAGGCUGCAAACGAAGACGAGAAAGUUGACGUCGAAAACGACGAUGCGGAUUUGGAAAAUGAUUCUAGCCUUGACAAGCAACUGCACAACAUGAUGAUCGGAAAAUUGGUUCCGCAAACUGUGACGUUGAACACUUUAAAUAGGGAAUCUAUAACAACGAUCGCAAGGAAAAUCCAACAGCUUCGUAUACAUUACUCGUCGGUAUCAAAGAUCGGCAAGGAGUUUCAAUGUUAUUCGAAAGGAUGCAACUCUAGUAGUUCCGUGUCCUGCUACUCUCCAGUGUGCAUGCAGAGAGAGCGAGUGCGCAAGGAGUUGCUGAUCCUCCUGAGGAAAGCGAACGUGCAAACGAAAGGAAACUUCCUCAAGGUAAACCCGAACGCUACACCCAAGAAGACGUCGAUUUUGGAACAGAAAUUGACCGAACCUAUACCGGUGACAUCCGAGAAGCCGUCGGAUAUCUGCAAGGAUCUGGCCUCGACUAUUAUGCAGGCACCGCAAUGCGGGGAGGACCUGUACAGCGCUAUAGUGCCGCUGAAGGAGGAAAUCAAAACAGAAGGGGUGGAUCUCAAGGAGGAGCCCAUGGACAUUGACACUUUGGAGCCGGAGAAUCGGGUCAAAGUGUACAGCGAGAGCGAGAACGAAGAGAUCGACAUGGAUCUCUCCCCGGAUGACAUCAACGAGAUGAUCCUGGGGCCGAACAAGAAGAACACAAAAAUAUCCAAGUCGAUGAUAAGCAGAUCGACGAAACCGGUGACCGAUGCUAAACCAAAAGCGGAGUCGAACGUAAAUGGAAGGACCAUACAAACGCUGAACGCCAAAUCCUCUUUGUACACGUCGCAGAAGAACAGGAGAUUCUGUGCGAUGCGAACGGUCAGGCGCGAGGAGAAGGUGAUCAAAGCGGAGACGGCGGAGGACGGAACGCGCAGGAUCUACUCUGCCACCUCGACGGAGGGUAAGAUUUACCUAAGGCGAGUCGGAUUCCUCGGAGCCGCAGAUAAGAAAAAACCCCGGAAACAAAUUGUCAAGUACCCAAGUUGCUCCACCUUCAGCACGAGGAAGAAAAGUAUGCGUUCGUUGCUUGUGCUGCCAAAGUUCGAAGUGCGGAAGCUCUCAAGGAACGCGGGUAGACUCUACAUUGCCGGCUUCAACGCAGUGGCCAAACCUAAUAACCUGGUGUGGCCGUAUCCGUGCGCGAGGCCACUCUUCAAGACCUGCUGGGUCUACAGGACGGUCAACCUCAAAUCGCUCGCCGCGGCUGCUCUGCAAUUGAGAAUAUUGUGGGCAUGCCUCAGGUGGGACGAUAUGCAGGUGAAGCCACCAAACGCUGAUGGAAAGCAUCAGAUCACAACCGAAACCGAGAUCCUGAGUUUGGAGCUGCUGAAGCACCGGCACAUAGGACAGUUCUUGGAGAAGUCUCAGUAUCUUAGGCGAAAGGUCGUAAUUCCGUUGGAACUACCGAAGACAGUGAGGGAGGUGACCUCGAUAAGAAGCGGACUGAGGAAACGAAAGAGGCCCGAUUCUCCGCAGAGCACCGAUCCCCAGGUCACCGAAGAAUGGGUGGACGAAGAUAAAUUGGAGCUGUGGGAGAUCAAGCAGUAUGGAGAAAAAGUGGAGAAAGCUAAUGCGCAAGUUAUCACUAGGAGCCGGACAGGAAAUCUUCCACCGACGAGGGUCGCCGACCCCAAUGAUACGACCAUCGGCGCGAAAGUCCUCGUCAGCGGCAAAUCCACCGCCGAAGAGAUCAAGGAGAAGAUGGAACAGCAGUUAAGGCUGCAGAGAGCCGCGCACCAGCAGAAGCGCGCCCUGGACCUGAAGAACCAGGGCCACAUCAUCAAGAUGGUCGGCAGCACUGCGCAAGCAGCUGCGAGCGAAAGCACCACGAUACAAUUGAAAGUGACCACGGCUGACGGACAGAUGAAGAUAGUAAAGAACGUCAUCCCCGGUCAGCUGAGCGGUAAAACGACGCUGACCUCGCUACUGACGACCAACAAUAAAUUCACAGGCCGGAAAAUCUUCAUGACGAAGGCGGCUGACGGCACGACGCGCGUCAUCACCGGAAACGCUAGUCUUAUACAGAAAACGCCGCAGGGUCAGAGCCUCAUCAAGCUGCAGACCACAACGACAGGUUCAACCACAACAUCGACACCAACAAAAACAGAACCAACCACACCGCAGCGCGUACAGAUAUUGCGCACACCGGACGGUAGGCUGACGGUGAAGGGCCUCAUGCCCGGUCAGCAGCUCGUUCAGAUGCCGGACGGUAAGCUGCAGGUGCUGAACACGUCCACAACUUCCACACAACUCGUACAGCAAACAACGGACAAGACGAAGACGGCCACCGCGAGCACCCCACUAUCAACAGUUACAAAGAAUAUCAUUAAAGGUGCCAUCGCCGGCGGCAAGAUCGUCCAGACGCAGCAGCAGCAGCAGCAACAAACGAAGAUUGUUAGCAGUCCGUUGAAGCAGAUCGUGAUCAAGCAACAGCAGCAGCAGUCGCCGCUGGUGCAGAAAACGACGUCGGCGGUGGCGACGACCACGCAACAGGUCGUCGUCAGCGGCGGUCAACAGAUCGUAACCAAUCAGAUCGUGGUGAACAAUCAGAAUCUGGCGCAGCAGAUCGCCAGCGGGAAGGUGCAGGUCGCGACGAUAAACGGGCAGCAGGUAUUGAUCAGGCCGACUGGGAACAAUCAGGCCCAGAUAGUCGCACAGCUGACGCCAAGCACGGCGCUUGCGACAUCGCAAUCUUCUACGACCACUACGUCAACGACGACGACGCCGGUCAAGCAGGAGGCGGUCGUUCAGCAGAAGCAGGUAGUGACCGCGACGACCACGACUGCAACACCGACGACGACGCCGGCCGUCGUCAAUCAGCAGGAUGCGAGCGGUCAAAUCGAUCCUGCUACCUUGGAGCAGCUGUUGGUGGGGCAACCUGCUGGUACGGUCAUCAAGUGCGUCACUGCACAAGUUAUACAGACCCAGCAGGGACCCAGAAUCGUACUGCAAGGUCUGCAGGGUGCUGACUUUACGCAGCAGCAGUUGGCCGCUGUGCAGCAGCAGGUUAAACAACAACUUCUUAAAGCGCAAGCAUCGACUGGAAAGCAAGGAGUACUUGGACCUACAAAGAUUUACCUCGCAGUGCAACCGAACUCAUCUGGCACGGAUUCUUCCAAUCAGGAGAGCAACACUCAGCCGCCGCCGCUCACACCCGUCCAGCAGACCCCCACAGCCGCUGCUGCCGCCGCCACCUCCAGCAUCCAAGCUAGCAAUACCGCCACCGUUCAACAGGUGGACGCCUCGGCGAUCGUCGGGCGGCAGAUCCUGGUGAACGGACAGCAGCAGCAGACGACCGCUUUAUUGCAGGCAAUGAAGGUCAACAUGGAGGCGACCAAUCGGCUGCAGGCGGGCUCCGCCUCCGGCCCCGCCCUCAAUCAACAACAGCAGCACAACCAGCUCGUUUCGACGACUUCGGCCGCCGUCGCUUCGUCACCCGACAAGCAAUUCGUCGUCACUCCGGAUUACAUUCAGCAAACCAUUAAGACCGCCCUGAAACAGGAGAACCUCAAUCCGGAGAUCGAGGAGAAGCUGCUGCAGCUGCAGCGAUACCAGGAGAGGCAGAUGCGCCAGGAGCCGGACACGCCCACGCCGGUGGCCACACCCACCGUUUCUAGAGGCGUGCACCACGUCAGCGUCACUACAACGCCCCUGGGCGGUGGCGGCGGUGGGCGUGUCGCCACCAUCAGCGGUACCCGGAAGCGACCGCUGAGCACGAGCAAAACGGACGACGAGGAGUGGGUCAUGGAGACGCCCAAAAGGUCGCGGCAUUCGCGACCCUUGCUCGAAAACGCAAUCAAAAAGGAGGACUUCGAGAGUAUAAAGGAGAAGGUAGUAUCAUCGCCAAGGUCAAGACUGAAAGUGAAGGAGAAUCCUGUGGAGGUGAUGAAGAACAAGUCGUUGAUGAGUCUGUUCAGGCACAAGGAGUUACUGAAGAAGGACAUCCUUCGGAAGAGGGCGGUGCUUGAGAAGGAGCUGCUUUGCGAGAUUCAGAAGGAAGUUGCGGAGGAGUUGGCGGCGCGAACGAAGCUGGAGCGGAACAAGCAGGACGACGUGGUGAAGACGUCGAUAAUUGCGACGAAGCGGAAACAACCGGGCAGCGGGCCUCAGAUCGUGACGGCCGGAUCGACGACCUCUCUGCCAUCACUGGAAUCGCCCGCGAAGAGUACGCCCAUAGCGAACAAGAGCAAGAGGAUUCACGCGAAAGGUCACUCUCCGGCGACGCCGACGAAGGGCUCCGGCGGCUCCGCCAAGAAGGAGAAGCUGUACUGCAUCUGCAGGACGCCCUACGACGAGACCAAGUUCUACGUGGGAUGCGACCUCUGCAACAACUGGUUCCACGGCGACUGCGUCGGCAUCACCGAGGAGGGCAGCAAAACGAUAUCAGAGUUCAUCUGCUCGGAGUGCAAACACGCGCGCGACACGCAGGAACUGUUUUGCCUCUGCAGGCAACCCUACGAUGAAUCGCAAUUCUACAUUUGCUGCGACCGUUGUCAGGACUGGUUCCACGGUCGGUGUGUCGGCAUCCUGCAAUCCGAAGCUGACAACAUCGACGAGUACAUCUGUCCCAAUUGCCAGAGGAACUCGUCCGUGAAUUACGCCAAUAUGAAACACCUCUCCAACAAGGACUUUGACGGCCUCAGGAAACUCAUCAAACAGAUACAGGCUCACAAGAGCGCGUGGCCCUUCAUGGAACCCGUCGAUCCGAACGAAGCGCCCGACUACUACAAGGUCAUCAAAGAACCGAUGGAUUUGCAAAAAAUAGAGAAUAAAAUAAACGACCGAUCCUAUCACACGCUGAGCGAGUUCAUCGGCGACAUGACGAAGAUCUUCGACAAUUGCAGGUACUACAAUCCGAAGGAGUCGCAGUUCUUCAAGUGCGCGGAAUCCCUGGAGGCGUACUUCGUGAACAAAAUCAAGUGUCUGAGGGAGAAGCUGUUCGAGAAUUGAGAAUAUUUUCAUUUCCGUUAUAUUCAAUUAUUUUCCUUUUAUUUUUCCAUAUUAUUAUUUUUUUUUUGUUUUGUUUAUUUUUUCUUUCUUUACAUAACACACACACACACAAACACUCACACACGUAAAACAAACAGACAAACAUUUUCGCUUUCCCCCCCAGGUCAAUCAAUUUCGAAACUUCCCUACAAGUCUAUAAGUUUUCUCCGCUACUCUUUUCGUUUUUGUUUCAUUAUUUCUGUUUUGUUCUUGGAAGAGGGUUCUUUAUCUUUUUAAAUGUACGUGCUCGUAGUUUUUUUUUGUUGGUUCAAAAAUAUCGUCGGCACGUACAUUUAACAUGAAUAAUUUGUGAUUUCUGGGCGAGCGAAGAUCUCCACUCUCUCCUAACGUUAAGUGAAUAAUAAUAAGAUGUAAAUGUUUGUUAUAAUUAUAUUAUUAUAUAACUCGUCGAAGGAUUUUGUACGUCACGGAGCCCCUCUCUCCUCCGUCAUCAUGCACACACCCACCUCCCACAACUAAACCCCAAUCAAAACAAAAACAAAAAAAAGAAGUUGACCACGCCCCAUCACUUUGUUCUUUCCCCGCUAUAUGAAAACAAAUGACACAAGCCCCGCCCCCUAAUGUUAUUAUGAUUAGCCCCGCCCCGCAACCCCGAUUAUUAUUACUAUUAUUAUGAUUAUAUAGAUACUAUUAUUAUUAUUAUUAUAUACGAUGUAUAAUUUCACUUUUUUUUUUGUAGUUGAUUCAACUCCAACUAAACAUACAACAAAAACCCUUAAAGCAACAAAUGAUUGUAAAUAUAUAAAGUUUUUUUUUUGUUUACUGUGAAUAAUAAUAAUAAUGAUGCCGA